CGUACUCUAGAGGGAGUAGUCACACGGGCAAAUACGGAAUGAGGAAAGCAGUGCUUACUCGGAGCACGGAGUCCUAGGUCUACGAAAGUACUAUCCAGCAAGACCAAAGGGAAGCGAAAUUAACUGACCUAAAUAUAACAACGACCGCUGUCAACGAGAUGAUGAUAGUUCAGCUAAGUCAGUCAGUGCUCUUGCACACUCCAUCCAUAGUUCACUCACUCAACACCUCAAGCUGUAGCAAAAAAGCCCGCAUAGACCACCAAAAAACUACAAUACCUACUCCAUCGCGACCCAUCCACUCGCCCCCCAUCCACAAGAGCAACACCAAAAAAAAAGUAUCAAAGGCCAAACAUAGGGUUCCGGCAACACCAAAAUACCAAUAACAUCAACUAAUCAAGCAUUGAGGCACAAGCCACGCCCCCAUCCCCCCCAUCCUAUCCCGCACCGAACUGAACUUUGAAGGGUCAGUACUGAUCCAAAGCGGCAAGCAUUGCGGAUAGUGAAAAGUAAAAGCAACUCGAUACGAGUUGGACCUUUCUUUUCCGACGAAUGAGCCCCCCCACCGGGUUACUGAAUCGGGGACCCCCGCAGCGAAAAAGGGAAUAGUGGUGGAUUUUGCAAAAAAAGAGGGUGGGGUCGUGAUUCGCUAGGGGAGGCGUUACGCGUUUUUGAUGUGCCGCGUCAAGGGGGGCACUUUAGAUUCACCUGCCAAGAUAGGCUUAGGUGGGUUGUUAAUGUUAUCCCUGGUCGAAGUGGAGCCCGGGAAGGGAAAAGUUUAAGGGCCCAUGAACGGCAUCCUUUUUGCCCCAAGGGCUAGCUAGGCUGUUUUGGGGAGGGUCUAAGGACUGAGUGAGUUUUUGGUA